UAAAACAAAUAAUUAAGAUAAAAACAAUAGCAAUAUUAAAAAAUAUAAAAAAAGAUUAAUAAAUAAAUGAGCGACUAAACCGAAUUAGCCAACGCUAAGCACGUCCUUAUUAAACAAAGAAUUGAAUGGUUGGAAAUCAUUCCUUGCUAUGAAGAAGAAAACUCGUAUGAAAUCCACACUUGUGCCUCCGAUUUCACUUCUCCAUCUUAAAAUCCUAUUGCUACCGUCAUUGAAAAGCGUGGAAGUCUUUGCUGUCUCUUCUGCUGCAAAGCUUUCAGAGAAUACGAAAAUGAAUAUCAACACUCAGGUCUCACUGUUGCUACCUCUCACCGUCCUUACAAGAUCCCUAUCUGCCAAUAUGCUUUCAUUCCUUUGUGCAAACCUGAAAUUGAUGUCCAAAGAGGUGGUUAACACAUUGGUAAGGCUGAAUGGCCUUGCUGGCAUCCUUGCUGGCCUGCUAGAGGUUUAUUGAGUUGCCAAGAAUUCGAUAUUAAGGACGCUUAAGGUAACAUUAUCUACAAUAUUACUGCUAACUGCCUCUAACUUGGUUUCAUCUGCCCUGUUCUUGGUAUCCUUGAACCAUGCAAGACUAGGGAAUAUGAAAUCAGAAAUGCUGAUAAGGUUGUUGUUGGUAAGAUCGUAAAUAUCUACAAUGGUAUCCUUGAAGAAUGCUGCACUAGAGCUGAUUAGUUCGGUAUUUAAUUCCCUGAUGACUGCACUGUUGAACAAAAGCUCCUUAUCAUUGAAACCGCUGUUUUCCUUGAUUACCUCUAAUAUUGGGCUUGA